AUGUCGGAUCCAAGUUCUAUUAACGGUGGUAUCGUCGUUGCGAUGACAGGCAAAGACUGUGUGGCGAUUGCCUGUGAUUUGCGUCUCGGAAGCCAGUCACUAGGUGUGUCGAACAAGUUUGAAAAAAUCUUUCACUAUGGGCAUGUGUUCUUGGGGAUUACCGGUCUGGCUACCGACGUAACUACUCUGAACGAGAUGUUCCGCUACAAGACGAACCUAUAUAAGUUGAAGGAAGAAAGAGCCAUUGAGCCUGAGACGUUUACUCAAUUAGUGUCGAGUUCACUUUAUGAAAGAAGGUUCGGUCCAUACUUUGUGGGGCCAGUGGUGGCAGGUAUCAAUUCCAAGUCUGGGAAGCCCUUUAUUGCGGGAUUUGAUCUCAUCGGCUGUAUCGACGAGGCCAAGGAUUUCAUCGUUAGUGGCACUGCAUCCGACCAACUGUUCGGUAUGUGUGAGUCCCUGUACGAACCUAACCUAGAGCCGGAGGAUCUUUUCGAAACCAUAAGUCAGGCCCUACUAAAUGCUGCCGACCGUGACGCUCUGUCAGGCUGGGGGGCUGUAGUAUACAUUAUCAAGAAGGACGAAGUGGUGAAGAGAUACUUGAAAAUGAGGCAAGAUUGA